UUCACGCUCCACCCCCCCUUUACCGGGGCAGAUCCCUUUGCCCCGGCCCCUCCUCCGCUGCCCGGUGGCCGGGUCCUCACCGGCGCACACUGGGGUCCCGCCUUCCCCGCCGCUUCCGUUUCCCCCACAUCCUGGGCUGUGCCCCACGCGCCCAAACGUUCCCGCUGCCUUGAAUUCCUCCGGGGAGACAGGCCUGGCCUGAAGCAGAGACUGUCCCCCCUCCUUCCUCCAGGACCAGCCUCUCUUCCCAGCUCUUUGUCCAGUUCUCCCUCAGGGAGAAGCCAUGGCCUCGGCCAGCACGGCCAAGAAGAUGAGGGAGGAGGCCACGUGCUCCAUCUGCCUGAAUCUGAUGGCCGAGCCAGUGAGCAUCAGCUGCGGACACAGCUACUGCCACUUGUGCCUGGUGGGGUUCCUCGACAACCUGUGCUACACGCAGCCCCAGCUGGCCAAGUUCUCCUGCCCGCAGUGCCGGGCCCCGUUCCGCAGGGCCAGCCUCCGGCCCAACAAGCAGCUGGGGAGCCUGAUCGAUGCCGUCAAGGAGCUGGACCAGGAGGCGUGGUGCAGGGAGCACGGGGAGCAGCUGCAGCUCUUCUGCGAAGACGACGGCCAGCUCAUCUGCUGGCUCUGUGAGCGGGUGGCACGGCACAGGGGCCACAGCACGGCGCUCGUGGAGGAUGCGAGCCAGGGCUACCGGGAAAAGCUGCAGGAAGCGAUGGCCAACCUGAGGCACCUGGAGGAGGAGUGUACGAGUCACACGGCGGUGACGGCACAGCAGAUAACCGAAUGGAAAGAGAAGAUGAAGAAUCGGAGACAGAAAAUCCAGUCUGACUUCAAGAACAUGCAGAGCUUCCUGCGGGAGGAGGAGAAAUGUUACCUGUGGAGACUGGAGAAGGAAAAUGAGCAGGUUCUGCGGAAGCUGCGGGACAGUGCGGCCAGUCUGGGCCAGAAGAGCCACGAGCUCGGGACCUGCAUCCUGGAGCUGGAGCGCAGGUGCGCGGCCUCGGCCCAGAAGAUGCUGAAGGACGUGGAGGACACUUUGAGGAGGAUUUGGGCUGUGAAGCUGGAACCGCCGGAGGACCCCCCCUCGGAGGUUCAGACUGUGUGCGACGUCUCCCAGCUUUACCUGGACGUCAGAGGGCUGCUGAGGCGCCACCAAGUCAGCGUGACUCUGGAUCCAGAUACAGCCCAUCGUGAACUCAUUCUGUCCGAGGAUCACAGACAGGUGACUCGGGGGUACCCCCAGGAGAACCUGGACGCUUCUCCCAAGAGAUUCGCCACCUCCCCCUGUGUCCUGGGCCGCGAGGGCUUCCACUCAGGACGAUACUACUUCGAAGUGGACGUGGGCGAAGGAACCGCGUGGGAUUUGGGGGUCUGCUUCGACAGCGUGCAGAGGCACACUGACACGGAGCCGCAGCCCCGGUCCGGGUUCUGGGCCAUCAGGCUGUGCGCCAGGGCUGGCUACGUGGCGCUGACGUGCCCCGUCACGUCGCUCCCGCUGGCGGAGCAGCCCCUGGCCGUGGGGGUCUUCCUGGACUGCGAGGCCGGGCUGGUGUCCUUUUACAACACAGCCACGGCCUCCCACAUCUUCACCUUCCCCAAGGCCACCUUCUCCGACACGCUGCGGCCCUACUUCCAGGUCCAUCAGUAUUCUCCUCUGUUCCUGCCUCCCCCAGACGUGGUCGCUGACAAGCAGGAAACCGUGUAAAUGCCGUUAAGGCGGAAUGCGGGUGGUUUUCUCCGCUGCUGCUUUCCCGUGGCGAGACCAGCGCCGGGCUUGUAGUGAAUCCUUAAUAAACGCACGUCGAAUGAUGGCUGUACGGACUGGAA